AGGAAAUGCGUCCGCGGCGAAAGCUAGUCCGGCUGUAGCAAAACUGGAAAGUAACGUGUGUGUGCUAGCAACCAGAAAGCUUUCUAGGAAAUAAAACUUAAAACUAUUGAGAUUGAGAUUAAAGCAGCAUGUCAGAGGCUUUAAUCCACCGCAUAAAAGAGCUGGAAGCAGAGCUGGAGAAGCUUAAGUCGCUGCUAAAGGAGAGCAGUGAAACUAAAGAUGAUGUGGACAUGAUGUCCAACCCAUCACCAAAUGAACACGCAAACUCCAUCCCUGAUAGUAGCAGUGGCAGCAGCUCCAAAAAGGGUAAAAAAGCAGGCAAAGAGCGUCCCUUUGACUUCUCUGCCCAUCCCCGGCGUCAUGUGGCUUUGCGUCUGGCUUACCUGGGAUGGGCCUACCAGGGCUUUGCAGUCCAGGAGAACACUGACAACACUGUGGAGGCUAGACUUUUCGAAGCUCUGUUGAAGACUCGUCUGAUCCAGGACCGACAGAGCUCCAACUAUCACCGGUGUGGUCGCACUGAUAAGGGAGUCAGCGCUUUUUCCCAGGUCAUAACCAUUGAUCUGCGCUCCACACAGUUUUGUGGAGGAUUGGGCAUCACACUCCCUGAAAAUGUUGAUGUCAGCAACAAAAAUAAAGCCUCUGUCCCGGAGCUACCAUAUGUUAAGAUGCUAAACAGAGUUCUGCCUCAGGACAUCAGGAUCUUGGACUGGGCACCAGCAGCAGAGGGCUUCAGUGCCCGCUUCGACUGCCAGUCCCGCACGUAUCGGUACUACUUCCCUAGGGGAUGCUUGGAUGUUGCAUUGAUGGCUGAUGCUGCAAAAAGAUAUGAGGGCACUUAUGAUUUUCGCAACAUAUGCAAAAUGGAUGUGGGAAAUGGAGUCCUGCAGUUUGAGAGGACCAUUCUGUCAGCAUCAGUGAGGCCUGUGCAGCCUCAGCAUGUCAGCAGCACAGACCAAUAUGAUGUCUUCAUAUUUGAGAUUAAAGGACUGGCUUUCCUUUACCACCAGGUUCGUUGCAUGAUGGCACUGCUUCUCCUCAUAGGACAGAAACUGGAAGCACCAGAGAUAAUUGAUCAGCUCCUGGAUGUUCAGAGCAACCCUAGGAAACCCCAGUACAGCAUGGCAGUAGACUAUCCACUCGUCCUGUAUGACUGCCACUUUGAGGGUCUGAGUUGGAAGCAGGAUAGUGAAGAGGUGACCUUCGCCCUCUCUGCGCUUCAGCAACAGUGGACCAUGAGUGCAGUCAAAGCUCACGUCCUCCAUGGGAUGAUCCAGGGUUUGGAGAGCAUAGGUGGAGUGUCCUCUAACCACUGCUGGCUGGUUGAAGGCAGCAGGCAGAGAAACUACCGGCCCCUGCUGGAGCGUCCGUGCUGUGAAAGUCUGGAGUCCAGGAUAAAUCAUUUUGUCAAAAGAGGCAGACUGGAACGAGAGGAAGGGGAGAAUGGAAGUGAAAUGGUCCACAGAGGGAAAAGAUCCAAACAUUCCCACAGCUCUCCUAGUCAGCCUGUUCCCUCAGAUAUGCCAUCAUCAAAACAAAAUACAGAUCAAAGUGCAGAAGAUUAGUAUUUUCUUACAUGAGAAAGGACUUGAACAAGAUUAUUUUGGUUGUGGAAUUUGAUGCAAAGUAUGUACAUAAAAAUGCAUCUUUACAUUUUCUGUGUUAAUAAUUCCUUCAAUUUGAAAUAAAUACUUUUU